UUUCUUAAUUGGAAACUUGAGGGCUCAUUUUUCUCAAAAGCCCGUUUCCUCAAAAAUCAAAACCUAUCCCCUCAAAAAUGGAGUCCCUUCUUCUUAUCUCUUCACCUGAUAUCGGAAAGUUGGUCAGCUCCUCUUUUCCUCCUCCUCAAUGUUAUCUUUCCAUUUCAGCAAAUGGGCGCUCUUCUUUAUUCCUAUACUUUUCCAACAAGAACCUUAGAACCGCUGUUGUUGCUUCAGCAUCAAAGAAGAAGAAGAAUAAAUCUGACUCCCAUAGCUUUGUUCCUAAACCUGAUGAAGCCACUGGUCCUUUUCCUGAAGCUGUGCUCCUUAGAGAGAGAAAGGUUCAAGAAGACGGGAGAUUUCUACCUGAGUUUGCAGAUGCUGUAGAGGAGGAACUGUUUGAGGCGCUAAAUCUGCAGUUGGAAAGUGAUCUGAAUGUGGAACAGAUGCGACACUAUGAAGUGGUGUAUCUGAUUCAUGAGGAUCGUGAAGACGAGGUUGAGAGUGUGAAUGCAAAAGUUCAAGAAUUUUUGAAAGAGAAGAAAGGGAAGCUGUGGAGAUUCAGUGACUGGGGUAUGCGUAGACUGGCAUACAAGAUUCAGAAAGCAUCAGGAGCUCAUUACAUUUUGAUGAAUUUCGAGCUGGGAGCCAAAUGGAUUAAUGAUUUCAAGAGUAUGCUUGACAAAGAUGAGAGAAUCAUUCGACAUCUUGUGAUUAAGCGGGACAAGGCAGAAACAGAGGAUUGUCCUCCUCCUCCAGAGUUCAAUACUGUGUGUGCUGGUACAGAUGAUAAAAAUGAAGAGGAUAUGGAUGAUUAUGAUGACUAUGAUGAAGACUAUUUGGAGGGUGAGUAUGACAUAGAUAUGGAAAUGAAUGAUGAUGAUACUGAUGGUGUUAUUCUUGUGGACGCUGACGACGAUAUAGAUGAUAGGAACAGUAGAAACAGUCGACAAAUUGAUACAAGAUAUGAAAAAGGAAAGUAAGUGUGUGAAAACUAGUAUUUAUUUUGCUCACUGUCCUGGAAUUCUGAUUACUUAUAAUUUUAUAUUAGAUAAUAGUUUCCCUGAUCUUGGUUCUUGGUUUGUACGAAACACCCACUUCCCUCUCUCUUUUUGUUAACCUGUCUAGCUAAAGGAAACUUUGAUGAUCUAUUCGAUAUACCAUGUUCAUAUGGUGGCUCAAUGUUCAAUGUAAAUCCAUGGUUCAAACAUAUCAUACCAAAUUGUACAAUUUAAACCUCACUAUAGUUCUAUUAUAUUUAUUCCAUGUACGAUUAAGACCUCAGUAUAAUUAUCAUAAGUUCUCCA